AUGGACGCCGCCAACUGGGCGAACCUGUUCUACGCCUUGGCUCACCUAUCCGCGCGAAAGCCACCGCAAGAAGUCGUCGAUCCUUGGCGACGCCCGCUGGGCGCAAUCCUGCACCGCCCUGCGCGCUGUGCUCCAGGAGCUCACGGCGCGGGACGUCGCGAACGUGCUUUGGUCGCUGGCGACGCUCGAGGCCAGAGGCGACGAGCUGUUCCUGGAGGCCGCCGACGCCCUGUGCGACACAGCAAACUGUCCGUUUGCGACCCUGUCAGCGUGUCUAAGGCGGCCUGGGCGCUGGUGGGCGUGCCUAGCAGGGACCGGCGCCUGCAGUUGUUCUCGCGGCUCUCCGCUCCGGUCGUCCUGAGGGCAGACGCGUUUCCGUUGGGAGCGCUCACGAUGACCGGGUACGCUUUCGCGAAGGCCGAUCACCGCGGCGCCGACGUGUACGAGGCCUUGUCGGCGGCGGUUGUGCGUUUCCCGGACGAGGAUCUGCGCCCCAUCGACGUGUGCAAUAUUAUUUGGGCGUUCUGUACGGUGGGGUUUCGAGACGACGAGCUGUUCACGCGGCUGUGCACGGGACACCUCUUGCGCGAGGACUCCGUGGCCCGCUUCAAUGCGCAGGAUAUCACAAACAUCAUGUGGGGAUUCUGCAAAGUUGUCUUCAUGCAUGGAGACGCCAUGGCCGAGCUGGCGCGGGGGAGCCUCAAGAUUCACGACCAGUUCAAGCCCAUUCACCACGCGAACUUGCUGUACUCGUUCGCCACGCUGACCCUGCGCGGCCCAGCCGGCUUCCUGGGCGCCAUGGCCGACUCCGCUCUGGCCAGGGUCGACGGUUUCGACUGCGGGAAUCUGGCAAUCGCGGCCUGGGCGCUGGCGCGGCUCCAAGUGCACCACCCGCUGAUGGACUCGAUCCAUCGCGUGGCCCUCCGCCCCGACGUGUGCGGCAGCUUCACGAGCCGGUCGCUGUCGAUGCUGUUCUUGGCGUUCUUCUGCGCGGACCGCGCCCGCCACGUCGACGCCGUGCUGGAUGCGGCCCUGGGCAGCGGGGCGCCGGUGGGCGCCUCUGGCUGGUCCGCGGCGCUCAUGACAGCGGAGCAGGGUCAGGAUCCCGACCGAGAGUGGAGAUUCCUGCGCGCCUUCGCCGAGGAGGUCCAGGAUGAGCGCAUGCAGGCGGCCAUCUGCAACUCCCACGCCAUCAGGCUACUGAAGCGCUCGGGGCCCGAAGAUGCCCUUCGGCACCUCUCUGCCGUGCGCCCAUCGGGAGUGCGGUGCUGGUCGGCGGUGUCCGAAUGCAUGCGGGCACGGCUGUGGCGAGCGAGUCCAGGCCACGGAGACGAGGUGCCGAACCCAGCCCAUUUGCUGGAGGCGUGGGAGGGGCCGGUCAAGAGCGGCAUCCAUCCCUUGGCCGCUACCCGCCAGAACGAAGGGCCGCACGCCUACGCCCGCGAGUUCAUGACGCUGCACGCUGUCCUGGGCAGUGCCCCCGCAGGGGACGUCGACGCGUGCAUGCGAGCCGUGGAAGACUUUGCGGAGGCGCGGUCUCUGUGGCUGAAGAUCACCGCUUGGGAGAAGGCCAUCGUCGUGCACGAGGCCGCCCGCCAGGCGCGGCCGAGGCUCGUGCUCGAGAUCGGAGCCUACGUCGGCUACUCGGCCAUGAACCUGGGGCGCGCGGUGCGCCCGCACGGCGGCCGCGUCGUCAGCCUGGAGGUGGACCCCAUUCACGUCACGGUGGUGCGGAACAUGGUCGAGUACGCGGGCCUCACCGACACCGUGGACGUGUGGACGGGGUACUGUUCGGACGUGUUCCCUCACCUCGUCGGCCGCUACGGGCCCCGCUCCAUCGGCAUGGUAUUCAUGGACCAGAAGGGCACCCGCUUCCACCACGACUUGCGGCUACUGGAGGAGCUAGGCCUCCUGGAGGAUGGGGCCGUGAUCCUCGCGGACAACGUGCUGAAGCCCACGCUGCGCGGCGAGAGCCGCUCGGGCCGCGUCUCGAGGGGGCCUGCCGCCAUGGAGGGGCUGCCAGUGGGCGCCCAGGUGAGGCUGUCCUGCGGCCGGGAGCUCUCCGUGCGCGCCGAGGGCCUGCGCCCCGCCGGAGGCGCAGCCGGGACGCUGGUGGUGGGCGCGCGGGUCGUCCUCGCCGGGCUGGCCAAGGCGCCCUCGCUCAACGGCCGCGAAGGCACCGUCGGCGGCCCGGGCGAGGCGGGCUCCGGCAGGUUUCUGGUCGCUGUGGACGGCGAGCCUGGGCCCGCGAAGGCCUUGAAAGCCGAGAACCUGGUGCUGGCCGUGGCGGAGCCGGCGCCCGAGGAGCCGGCGGCGGCGGAAGGGCCGCCGCAGGCGCCCGUCGACCCCUUCGAGCAGGCGCGCCGGAAGCUCGUGGCCUUCGUGGCGAGGACAGACCUUCCCUGCUGGCAGCCGCGUCGAGAUUGGAGGACUCGUCGCGGAGAAGGGGAGGAACAACACUGGUGA